AUGGCUAUUCUUGAGGAAACUCGUAAGUCUUUAGCCAAGGCCAAAGCAAUCCCACGCAAAGUGGACAGAAGCGCGCAUGCAUCUAACAGGGAACUACUAGCAGCAGGGAUUGCAUUCAUCUUUACCGACGGCAAUGGCAAGGUCGAGCCAGCAAAGCGAAAACUCAUCAGGCGGCAUGUUAUGAUGGGCAGGAACCGAGGCAAACCCCGGAGCGUCAAGGCCCUCGAAAGGCCAGCCUUACGCAACCCUAAGGACUCUAGCCAGCAUGAAGACGGAGUUCCAGGGCUGGUGAUCAGAAUGCACCACUUCAUGAUCCCCGAUAAAGUUGGAUCCGAUCUCUCCUUCACACAGUUCGCGGCUACGGUGGAGCCAGUGUUGAUUCAUGACAUUUUGAAAUUCGCUUUCACAGCAAAGAAAAUCAUGUACCCACUAGAGAGCUGCAUCGUCUUCCACAGGAAGACCAAGAUCGACACGGCGUGGUUUGAGCUCUUGACCUCCGACGCAGCCUACGUGCACGCCGCAGUCUUCGCAUCCCAGGCCUAUAUUCUCAUUUCAUCUGCGCAAAAAACCCCAGUCGCCGCGAGAAGGGCAAUGGAACAUCAUUCUGCGGCGCUCCGUUUGCUCAGGGAGAGGCUCUCGGUUCCGAAUAGUGGGGACAAGGUCUCUGAUGCAACAAUUCUAGUGGUGUUGUAUCUAGCCCUGCAUGCGCAUUUUACAAACGACUACGACACUGCAAAACACCACAUGGAGGGUCUACGCAAGAUCGCCGAUAUGAGAGGUGGCCUGGUGGCUUUUGGCUACAACACCAAGCUAGUUAUGGAGCUGUUGAAUGGCACCGAGCCUUAUUUUUUCAACGACCCGUUCUCUGAGCCACCAAUGCCAUAUGAUCUCGCACCACUGACGGUAGAAGCCCCAGACACUUCAGCAGCGAACUAUUGGAACCCGACUCGGCUAGGUAUCAACUCAGAGCUGGCGGAAGCAUGGGACUUCCUGACAAGAUUCUGCUCAAUUAUCAACGCGGCUGCCGAAAACAAGCGCCAACUAGGCAAGGAAACCCUGCUAAACGCUAUGGCAUCGUCAAUGUAUCGCCUCCUCCAUAUGAAGUACUUCGACCCGACCUCUAUCGACGAAGCUAUCCGGCUCGGCCUGCUUGCCUUCUCGUCACAUAUCUUCCUCACGUGGCAAGGCAUCAGGCUCCCGCAUCCAUACCUCCCCAACACAUACCGGACUUGUCUUUUGAACCUCAAGUUGCCGGGCACGUUCCCUCCGCAGAUUUUGCUCUGGCUACUUAUCGUUGGCUCUUUCUCGGUCUUCACCUCAUCUGACGCUGCUUGGCUGGCGCCUUGGGUGCGAGCCAAUAUCGAGUUGUGCGAAGCAAGUACCUGGACUGAAGUGCGUGGACAGCUGAAAACUUUCCCUUGGAUAGAUAUCUUGCACGACAAGCCAGUGCAAGCAAUAUAUGAAAGUGCAAUAUGA